GCGACCAGACGUUAUUUGAUGUUAAAGACGAUCCCGUCGCCAUGAUCAGUAUUAUCAACCUUAAUCCUCCUGAAAUAUAAUUAAUACGCGUUGUAUCUUAUACGAAUCGUCUUCUUUAUACUCCUAUUAUACUUAUAACGGAGAAAAAUAAUACUUUUUCAGGAUCAUGGCUCUCGAUUUUGUAGCUGGAUGUAUAGGAGGUUGUGCCGGUGUUUUAGUAGGUCAUCCUUUUGAUACAAUAAAGGUGAGAUUGCAAACGCAAUGUACACUUAAACCCAUGUAUAAUGGAACUUUCCAUUGUUUUGUCUCGAUCGUCAAGAACGAAUCGAUAUCUGGCUUGUAUAAGGGUAUGUCAUCACCAAUGGCAGGAUUAGCAGCUAUAAAUGCUAUCGUUUUUGGCGUUUACGGAAAUAUUCUCAGAUCGCUACCAAAUCCUAACUCACUUUGCAGUCAGUUUGUUGCAGGAGUUAGUACAGGUGUUGUACAGAGUCUUGUUUGCAGCCCUAUGGAAUUAGCAAAAAUACAAAUGCAAUUACAAGGUCAAGGCAAACCGAAAUAUUAUUUUCCAUAUUGGAAAAGACCCCAACCUUUUUACAAUUCGCCUUUAGACUGUUUAUUCAAGAUCUAUCGGUUAGAUGGAACCAGAGGAAUAUUUAGAGGUUUGUGCGCGACCGCUAUGAGGGAUGCUCCUGCCUUCGGUGUUUAUUUUGCCGGUUAUGAAUUUUUAACUCAGUUUUUUACGGAUUCUAACGGAGAUGUAAAUACAAUAGGACUUGUAAUGGCAGGUGGAUUAGCUGGUGUUCUCUCGUGGAUUGUAGUCUAUCCCGUAGACGUCUUGAAAUCAAGGUUACAAGCUGACGGAAUCGGAAGCCAAAGGUUAUAUAGCGGAAUGAGUGACUGUAUGAGAAAGAGUAUAAUUAGUGAAGGAUAUAAGGUAUUAUUUAGAGGACUGAAUUCAACUGUUAUAAGGGCAUUUCCAACAAACGCUGCUACUUUCUCAGCAGUUACUUGGGUUCUUAUGCUUUUCGAAGCGGAUAAGAAGUCUAUAAGGUUGAGAAUGGAAAAACAUACUAACAUGUUAAUGGAAUAAAGCAACCAACCAUUAUCGAAUUUUGAAUAAAGGUCAAAUAAACGAAAUUCUUUUAUAUGUUAUACCAAUGUUAAAUUUCAGAAUGAUAUUCUUUGUAAAAACAUUCCUGUUUAAAAAUAUGCUGCACACUUUUUCCAGUGAAACUUUCAUAACGAAAAUAAUGGUUGUUAAUUCAGUGUAGUAUAUAUACAAAAUGUAUAUAUAAGUAUUUAUAGUGUGUGUGUGUGUAUAUAUAUAUACCGGUAUAUACAUAUUAGACUUCUUACUUAUAUUGUAGUGCACUAUGUAAGUUUAUAUAUACAACAUUUGUGUAAUAAUUCUCGAAUUUUACAAUUAUUAAAUUUUAAAUAGACUUCA